GUGCUGCACACGGGCCGCCUCAUGCCCCUGGUCGGCCUCGGCACGUGGAAGGCGAAGCCGGGCGACGUCGAGCGCGCGGUCCGCGCCGCCAUCGAGGCCGGCUACCGGCACAUCGACUGCGCCAAAUGCUACGACAACGAGAGGGAAGUCGGCGCCGCGAUCAGGGGCUGCCUCGACGCCGGCGUCUGCGCGCGCGAGGACCUGUUCGUCACGUCCAAGCUCUGGAACACGGAGAAGAAAUACGCGCGCGACGUCAGGAACGCGCUCGAGAACACGCUCCGCGACCUCCAGCUGGACUACCUGGACCUGUACUUAAUUCAUUGGCCCGUCGCCUUCGGCCGCGUCGUCAACUGCGCGUGCCACGGCAACGCGGGCGACGGCGCCAUCUGCCCGUUCCCGAAGCGCGCGGACGGGGGCCUGAAGUACGACGACGCGCGUCGCCGCGUGCCCCACGCGGAGACGUGGCGCGCGCUCGAGGCCUGCGUCGACGGCGGCCUCGCGACGCACAUCGGCGUGUCGAACUUUAACGAGGCGCAACUCCAGGCGCUGCUCGACGCGUGCACCGUGCGGCCGGCCGUGAACCAGAUCGAACUGCAUCCCUACAACGCGUCGCCGGCGCUGUGCGCCUACUGCGCCGAACAGGGCAUCUUGCUGACGAGCUACUGCGUCCUCGGCCACGGCAGCGGCGCGGGCGUGCCGCUCUUGGAGAGCCCCGUCGUCGCGGCCAUCGCCGAGAGGCGCGGCAUGACGCCCGCGCAGGUGCUCAUCCGCUUCCAGACGGAGCGC